UAAUCCUGCUCAUGGAGGUUACAUAAAAAAGAUGGUGUCGUAGAAUCUUCUACUUGUUUGAAUCUCAGAAGUCGCGAAUACCGCAUCUCAGAUCAAAAUAAGUCGUGAAUCAAAAUCAACAAGCUACACAAAAAAGCAUUCAUUAAGUCAAUAAUCUGUUUCCUCACUUGAAAUGGAUUUGAAAAAAGUAGCCAUCAAACGAAGAAGAAACCGCAUCUGUAGUGCAAGUGACGAAGACUUUUUUCCGUUCAGCAGUGAUAGUAGCAGCGAAGAAUUGGAUUUGGCAUCCAUCGCUCAUGUGGCAUCAGACAAUGAAUCGAUGGAGGAGGAUAGGAAUCAAGAUCCACAAAAAGAAACUGCAGCUGAUAUCAAAAUCGAUAGUGUGCAAGUUGUGAUUUCACCUCUCACCGACGAUAAAAUUCGUAAAAUCAACACUUCGAAAAAGCACAAACACGUGUUGAACAAAGCUAGUCAAACGGAAAUUCGUGGACUAGCCUGGGCUGUAAAUGCCGACCAGAUCGAUUUCGGUACGGAUUAUUUUGAGAAGUUACGGUCACUUCUGAAUAGUGGUGCCGCUAAAAAAGCUUUACAAAAGGCUAGAGGUAAAAAAUCGCAACAAAAACCAGAAAGUGAUGAACCUAUGAAGUCAAAAAAGAUUCCUCAAGAUUUCGAAGGGGUGGAGAUACCGAGCAGAUCGGCGAUGUAUCUUCCUUUAAAUUUACAACCAUUACCAUUGCCCAUGAAUUCGAUGGCUCAUUCGUCUGGAAAGCAAUCUGUACCUAGCAGCUUCAACAAUUCUCGAACUCACGUCGAAGAUAUGCUUUUUCAACGUGGUAUAGACGAGGUGACCAUAACGUCUAAACUUUCCGACAAUCAUUGCGAUCGUGAUCAAAUGGAACAAGCGGUCAAAGAAAUAUCGUCCAAUUUUCGCAUACCGAAGAUUUCUACGAGCAUUUCAUCGCCGCAAGCAGUGACGUCUUCGACCUCAAAUGGGGCUCUUACAAAGAUAAAUGAGCAACAUCCCACACGGUUAUCUUUGUCAACAUGUUACAAUGAACGUUUACAGCAAAGCAUCACAAACGAGAACCAACUACGCACUGGUUCUUAUGAAUCGAUCCGUCCAGCCAACAACAAUGAAUACAUUGAUGAGAAUGAGGGGUUUCGAAUUUCAAACGGUCCGUCCCGGGAAGUUCUCAAACGCAAAGUUGUAACCCGAGAGUCAUUUGAAUCAGGUCAAAGCAAUUUCCAUGCUUCCACAGCUCCAAUAAGUUUUGCAAAUGCUCUUAAUUCAAACUACUUUGUUCCUUCGAAUAAUAAUAUCGAGCAAUCAAAAAGCAGUUCGGAUCAGCACGGCACCACAUUGGUUUCUAACCAGCUGUCAGGGCUCCCGGAGAGAUCGGAAAUGAUUAAAGUUAGGCGCACCAUCAGAAAUGACAAUUCUGAAUCCCAGGCGCUAGUAUCCAAACCAAUUUCGAACAAUCUCCAACCUCUACCGAGAUUCCAUAUUUUCGAAUCGUACAGUACGAAUCAAAACAGUGCUAACCGCUGUCAAUCGAAUUAUUUGGAUCCCAGAUCACAAGUUUAUAAUAAUGGAAUGUACGGGUCAAAUUCUACGGGCUCUGUUGUUGCGAAUUCCAAUGGCAUGAAUGAAUUUCUUUCGGUAUUUUGGGAACAAUUCAAGCAGCAGCAGCAGCAGCAGCAGCAUCAUCAUCAGUCACUUGGUCCGCCCGCAACUGUAGCUACACAAUCAAUGGCCAACCAGCCUGGAACAGCCCAAAUUUCAACGUUUGGUCAGACAUUGCCUCAAAUAAAACACACUGUUGCGCCGACUGAAACUCUCAACUCAAGUGAGGAGAUAGAAAUGAUCUGUUACCUGGUCGGUUGUUAUGAUUUCCUCAACGGAAGGUGUUUCAAAACUCACUGCCGAUAUCAACAUAUUUUGCCAAAAGAGGAGGAGUUGUACCAGAAACUAUUGGGUCAAAAUCGCGAUUCCAUCAUGGCAACCUAUCGCUUCAUCGCCAGUCGGGAUGAUUUGUUCAUCAAAUAUUUCCCGAUGUACGCCAAUGUGAUGGGUCGCAACAAUAUGCGACAUCAGUUGGUCGCCACCAUAGUCGAUUGCGAGCAAUCGAAACGCCCCUUGCAGUACUACCGUUUCAUCGUUGAAGGAUUGAAAAUAAGCGGAACUAGUCCGGUUCAGGCCGUUCAAAUCGUUCUCGAGAAACAUACAAAGAAAAACUAUCAUCAGAUUAGUGUUUUGAUUGAGUUGAUCAUCGAAACGGGCGACGGAAUCUCAACGUUUCUUCGUUGGCUGGAUGAAUUCCUGAACGUGAAAGGCUACAGCUAUGACAUACCGGCAAUCAAUCGACUGUUGGAGUAUUUUGUUACUUCAGAGAGACCACCUAAGGAGAUGACUAACUUUCUAACGAAAUUGGUUCUGAAUGUGGCGGUUGGGGAAGAACACAUCGUGAAUGUGCGAUCCUUGUUGGAGUUUGUAAAGAAAGCAGGACAGGAUCCUGAUAUGAUACUGGAUGUGGAAGACAUUGUCAAAAAGUACGCGAAUGUGGUUGUAGUACCUUAGAAAGAAAAGCUACUCUCAAUAUUCCGUCAGCAGAGCAUCAUUUUAUGUUCAAUGAACAUAUAAUCAUUCUUCCUUCACUCGACACGAAGUCAGCAAUAUAUAGAUGAAUAUAUAUAUUUUCCAUUGUAACUCCUGAACAUAAUAUUGAAAAUAAUCAAAA